AAAAGAAAACAAGUCGCACGACUUGCAUUAGCUCAAUUUGUCCAGAGUUGAUUCCCUUCUUUGUAACUUUAUCGAUGUACAUUAGGGAAAUUUCGACGGUUCAAAUACACGAGGCCUUCUACAUUCAGGGCAAUUGUAUGUUAAGGAGACGCAGCGAAUCCUCAUUAAUGUACAAUCAAUUUGUAGAUGAUCCUGAUUCGUUAAGGCAAAAGAGGCGAAAGCUUAAUAACGGCUCAGGCCCGAUAUUUUACAAACCUGUAGCUGGAAUCGAGAAGUAUCAGUCUUUCAAUAUCGUGAAAGCCGAGCCACCCGGCCGAAUAUCGCCGUUCGGCGGUGCCGGUACAAGCGCAGGGAGUUUUCUGCAACCCAUGAGAUCUUCGCAAACACUAAGAUCUCAAGUGUCUCCAGGACGAACACCGUCUCCCAUGGAAUGGAACAACUCUUACACGCUACCUCCCAUGCAGCAGCAGCAGCAGCAGCAGCAGCAGCAGCAGCAGCAGCAGUAUCAACCAAAUAUUCAUCCAAUGAUGCCGCAGCUGAACAUACCGGCACCAACAAACCUGCAAACAUUUGGAUUCGUACCAGAUCAGUUGCACCAGCCGGAGCCAAACUUAGUAACGUUAAACAGAGUGACGCCGGAAAAUCAAGCAGUAAACAAUAUUGAGACGGCCGAAGCCUCGUGCCUUUUAGACAUGGACAAUCAGCAGUUCAAUUUUGAUUUCAACUCAGCCGAUCUCGCGGACUUCGGAGCAAACCUGUCCGCAAAUCUCUCAACUGGAUUAUCCAUCUCUGACUCCAUACAACCCGAAGCGAGCAAUGGCGAGGAGAGAAACAGCAUGACGGAGCAAAUCAGUAGGAUAAACCAAGAGCUUUCGGCUUUGAAUAAGAUACUCAAACCUAACCGAGAGAAUUACGGCUGAGGACUCGAUUGAUUUCCUGUUAUUGGCUGAUCGAGGUGAUCGUAAAGAAGCUGCAGCUGGGAAGCUCAGAGUGUACCUUAUUUGUAACUAAUACAUCACACGUGCUCUCUUCACUGCCUCCGGGAAUCAACUGCGCUAUCUCUCACAAAGAAUAAACUCAGAGGAUAUUUCAAGUUCAAGCAACAAGAGCGUAUAAGGAAAAACGUACAUUUGCUUCGGUGCUCAUCACUUUCUAUCUCACUUACACAAUUUAUUAAAUACAUUUUUGUCUACUUUUUAUUUCAACGAUGCAUAAACGAUAAUGGAGACCAAAAAAAGAUACUCUAUUCAGAUAUUAUUGGUUAUUAUAACUUGACAAGCGUUAGGGAAUCUUGUUGUUUGUGGUGUGAUAUAGAAUUUAUCUGACCAGAUGCAUGCAUAUCACGGCAUUAUUAUCUACGCAAGAUAAAUUAUUCAAUGCGAAACUGAUAUUAGUGCGAGUUAUAAUAUCCGUUCGUCGAUGUUACAGAUCGAGGCGUUUGAGAAUUAUGAAUUAUUAAUUGAGAUAACUCUGACUGUGAUCAAAGUUCAUGUUUUUAGCUUAUGUUUUUUAUGCGUACGAGCCUCUUUACGAGGAAUUGAAUUCCGCAAUAAUAAUCGUCGGAAGUUGUGUCCAAGUGUAAUCUUUGUGAAGCGCACGUUUUCAGGCAAACUGUAAAUUGUUAGAUUAGUGUAUAUAUAAUGCAAUUUCUCACGUUCUUACGCAUGUAAAUGUAUUGUUACUUCACUUUUACGCACCGUUACAUUUCUACAAAAUUGUACGUUUAUAUAUGACUAAUAUAUUUGUAAUGUACGAAUAUUGCAUCUAGAAAUAACAGAAAAUGUGCAUUAAAAAGAUAUUGAAAUCAACACAGUGAAAAGUUUUAAUGAACGCUCCGUCCAGACGUUUCUUUUUACAUUUCGCAAGAACUCCAUUUGAAAAUGACAUUUACAAUUAGAGGGAAACGUGCAACUCCCAACUCUGUUGAACAAUUUUAUUAAUCUAAGUAACAUACGGUAGUCAUAAUAUGACAUUUGUAAUGUAAAAUGUAUUUUUACAAUUAACCCAGGUAAUUUAUUAUUGUAGUGUGAUGGAUAUAUUACAAAGAACAAUAUCUUAUACCUAAGAACUAUAUCUUAUAAUCUGCCAUAUGUGUAAAUAAAAAGUUGUUAUAAAUACACAAGCGGUUUUUGGCUCUAACAGCCUCA